GAGUGUGUGGAUAUGCAACAAUUCCUCCUCGGCCUCUCGCUGCGUCCCCUCUUUGCGCAGCCGGACUCCGACUCGCGGUCCUGCUCGGUGAAGUCAGGACUUCUGGAGCAUUGGAGGUUUUUCGCAGCUGCAGCGCCGGUGCACCACUGAGCUGGGAUACAGCCCGAGUAAAAGUCUGCAGAGCUCUCCCCCCCUCCUCCGCCUCCGCCGUCACCCCCCCUGCAUGCAGCGGAUCACUCGUAACCGUGAGCUCCCCUGGGUGCUGCCUCCAACAUGGGUGUUGACUGAAUGGAAGAGUGUCCCCGCGCUGGCACCGAGGGAUGAGGACGCACUUGUGAGGAUUUAAACCCAGCGCUCAACACAUUUCCCUGGACCAUGAUUCUGCAGCCCAGGACGUUGUUUGUGUUACUGGCCCACGCACAUGUUUUGGUAUCUUUGAGGAAUAAUGGGGAAGUGCGGGGCAACGAGGACGGCAACGUCAGCGCGCACUCCACCAGGACUUUCCACGCGUCACUGCGGGAGAGUCACCAAAGCAGAGCCAGGGAGCGUGCGCUCUCGGCGGCGUAUGCCACAGGUGCGUCCUCGGCGGAGCGGGCCCUCUCCAGGGGGACCCUUAACUCCACUCACCCCUGGAGGAGAGCGUCAAUUGCGGGGGAGACGAGGCGAGUGGGACACAACAAGCGCGACUUCAAUAGGACCGUGACACCCGUGGAGGAUCCCCACGCCGUCGCACAUUGGGACGCGACGCGCCGCCAUAGUAAGAGGAUAAAGUUGAAUGGCGCUCUUGAUACUACGAGGACGCCAGCAGGUGGACACUACAAUGCGGCUAAGCCCUCGUCAAUGGGCCGGGGAGGAGGGGGCCCCGAGGAGGGCGACAGGCACAAGAGGGGCACAAAAGACGAGCAGAAGAAAGGAUGGAAGAGGGGGAGAAGCCGGCUGAACAAAGGCGCGGUGCCUCCGGCCCAACCUCACACGGCGCCGUGGGAACCCAUCCCCAAGCCGGUGGCCCUCACCUCCACCGACAUGCCCUUUGACCUCUUCACCAGGAGGCCCGAGCUCUUCACGUUCAGGGAGGAGAACCCCUGGGACGCCACGCCGAUCACGCCCCCCAGCUCGCCGGACUUCGGCGGCGAUGAGAUCAAGAACCCCUUCUACCCGGUGACCAGCGAGACCUACGGCGCGUACGCCAUCACCUGCGUGUCCGGGGUGAUCUUCCUGGUGGGCAUAGCGGGCAACAUCGCCAUCCUGUGCAUCGUGUGCCAGAACUACUACAUGAAGAGCAUCUCCAACUCGCUGCUGGCCAACUUGGCCGUGUGGGAUUUUGUGCUCAUCCUCUUCUGCCUGCCCAUGGUGGUGUUCCACGAGCUGACCAAGUCCUGGCUGCUGGGGGAGUUCACCUGCAAAGUGGUGCCAUAUGUGGAGGUGGCGUCUCUGGGCGUGACCACCUUCACCCUGUGCGCUCUGUGCAUCGACCGCUUCCGCGCGGCCACCAACGUCCAGAUGUACUACGAGAUGAUCGAGAACUGCACGUCGACCACCGCCAAGCUCGCCGUCAUCUGGAUCGGCGCCCUCCUCCUGGCCCUCCCCGAGCUCCUCAUCCGACAGCUGGUGACGGAGGACACGGGAAUGCCCGGCGAGCCUCCCGUCGAACGCUGCGUCAUCAGGAUAUCCACCUCGCUUCCCGACAUGCUCUACGUGCUGGGCCUGACCUACGAGGGCGCCCGCCUGUGGUGGUGCUUCGGCUGCUACUUCUGUUUGCCCACCCUCUUCACCAUCGGGUGCUCGCUGGUGACGGCGCGCAAGAUCCGGCGCGCGGAGCAGGCCAGCGUGCGCAGCAACAAGAAGCAGAUCCGCCUGGAGAGCCAGAUGAACUGCACGGUCGUGGCGCUGGCGAUUGUCUACGGUGCGUGCGUGGUGCCUGAGAACAUCUGCAACAUCGUCUCCGCGUACAUGGCGGCCGGUGUUCCCGAGCACACCAUGUCCAUCCUCCAUCUCCUCUCCCAGCUGCUGCUCUUCUGCCGGGCCGCCGUGACGCCGGCGCUGCUGCUCCUGCUGUGUCGUCCGCUGGGCAGGGCCUUCCUGGACUGCUGCUGCUGCUGCUGCUGCAACCACGUGCCCUCCUCGGCCACGGCCAGCGACGAUAACGAACACGAGUGCACCACCGAGCUGGAGCUGUCGCCGUUCAGCACCAUCCGCAGGGAGCUGAGUAACUACACACCCGCUGGCUCCAACUGCUAAAGUGACGUUCCUCAUCAGGGGACGGAGAUUUCACUCGCCUGCCUGUGGCUAGCAGCUCUCAGACUUGCCUGGUGGAGAUUUGCCUUACCUCAUCUGGUCACAGAAGGAAGUUAGACACUGGAUAAUCACGUUCAGCCAGUGUCUUUCAGCCCCGCACUAAUACUGGACAUUUACACUGACUGUAUAACCAUUACUUCCCAGGAAAGCUAACAAAAGGCUAAAUCUCCUCUCCACUCAUGCCCUGGGGUGCUCUUAAAACAGGGUCAUAUUUUUAGCAAUUCCGCCUGAAACCUUACAAACCUCCCUUCUCUUGACCUUGUAUGCCUAAAUAUCUUCUGACAGUGGGUUUAUACUCUAUGGAAUCAACUUAAUUUCUUUUAAUGAACCGAAUCCCGAGGCUGAAAAAACGAGCAAGAAAAAAAAAAAAAACUGCUGGCCUCAUGGAAUCAGUGACAGGUAAUAUUUAUGCUGUACAACGUACAAAUGGUUGCACAGAAUGCGUCACAAUAAAUUCUUAAAGUUAAUAAAAACAGGCUGUGAUGAUAAAUAUGUUUUGCCACCAUAAAUAAUAUUUACGUGCAGGAAACUGUGCUGCAAAUCUUACGGGAGAGAAACAGUACUACCGAAAGUGUCACUGAUGAAAUGAUGGCGACUAAGCUAAUUAAUCAGAGAGCCACCGUGUACAGUUACCCAGCAUCCAGUCGGCAGACACUGCCUAUAGAUGUGCAGGACUCGCUUUACAGAUCACAUCUGCUGCAAAUGGACAUUUCAUAAAAAUGGCGUGCACGUGGGAACAAGGCUUCUGAUAAUUAAACUCGCAGAGGGCGUCUCGGCGGUACUGACAGUUUGCAAGAGGAAAACACAAAGAAGACGCUUCGCGCUGGAGAAUCCAAAUGUACACAACACUUACACUGUAUAUUGAGAAAUGUCCAGUGGACUCACACGUAACUGGGCUGGUCUCAGAACAACAACUCAGACUGGGGGUGGAAUUAAAUGCUCCGGAACGGACUAAGUGAAAUCACGUCAGAGCUGAACGGAGAGGAACGGGAUCGUGACGGAUGAAACUGAUUGGAGGGAAUAUGAAUAAUGUGGACAGUAAUGGGACAUAACACGGGGAAGGAUAAGUGAAAGGGACGGACUCGGCGUGAGGUGGACUGAAAACGGAUAUCUGCACUACACUGUUGUAUCAUGUUGCGCCUUACACUUUGGGCUGUAUAUAAACUGUACACACUUUCUUCGGUGCUCUUAUGAUGAAUGCGCUGUCAACAACAAAUCCAUCGGUUCGACUUAGCAUCACAAGUAAUUGAGCUGCGGACUUUGUCUCAGGUCAAGAAGACAGAUUGCAGCUAUCUGCAACUCGGGAGUACACGAACAAUAGAGGGGGAAGAAAACAAAUCAAUAUGGAGUUUUUACACAGAAAGUUUAAUAAACCUCACCGGACUGCCUUUACUGAGAGUGAUGGCUGUUUGACAGCUGCGCUACAGAUAUGGUAGCACUUUACUUUACAGUAGAGUAAUUACUUAAUGUUUGAUUAAUCACUGACAUAAAAAAACGACAUGGUAUUAACAUUGUUCUACAUCAAAAGAUGCAAUAAGUUUGAUUAUAUAAUUAUUUCAUCGGUAAAGACAUAUAAUUAAAGGCCUUUGGUUUCAUUCAAGUAAAAGAGACAGAAAAUAUCAAUCAAUACUAGAUUAAACCAAAACAUGAACCUGUUACAAAAAAGUGCCAAUGCAGCGUAACACUGUAAUUACUAGAAACUGCUGGACUGUUAAUAUAAGUUGUAUUAUAGAUUUAAAACCAAUGAUCAAUGCAAAGUUCAUUGUAAAACUUUUAGGGUUAUUCAUGUUCAUGGUUAUGAUUCCUGAACUGUAAAAAAAUAGUGAUACCACAACUUCAGAGGCAACACUGGAAAAGCUUGUUUGCUAAACCCUUCCAUUGAACAGUGAGGAUCCAUCUUAGCUCAAUAGUUUUUACACUAGACAUCGUGUGUGUUGUCAAACUACACUGUGGUUCCGUUGCGUCGCAUCGCUCGUGUUUCAUACUAUAGAAGCCGAGCAGAGGUUAACUUUUAUUGCAGCAGUGUAGGCACCAGCCAAUCAAAUCGUGCUGAAACAAACACUCAAGUGCAGGUGCCGGCCAAUCAAAUCACGUUAACAAGGAAGAAGAGCCCGAGGCAACUGGUGAUCCUGGUGUGCGUUUAUCUGGCUGUGGAUUUUAUCUCCUGUGUACCUCUUUUUAGCAUCGCAUUUAUAGCUAGCAUGGCAUGUUAGCACGAAAGUCGGCUAUGCUGUGUGUCUUGAGCAUGACAGUGUAAUAUUCGUUGUUAUGACAAUCGUACCAGCGCCAGCCAGGCACACCAGAGGUCAACGGGCGGAGAUGGUCGGUCCAGUUCCACAAUGAGUCGAGUGCUCCAGGUUCUAGCAGGAAUGAUACAUCGAGUUUUUACAUUUCCCAAACCAAAGACUUAAAAUCUGAAUUUUCAAACGAGUCCGAGGGAAAGAUUACAAAGUCACUCCGAAUUGAAACUGUUAAAUUUAGCUUGAUUUAGCAACUAAUGAGUGCAGGGUUUAGCAAAUAGUCAACGUUACUGUGUAAAUUCUUGACCUUUGAGACCCUUAGCUGUUCAUUUACUUGGGUUUUUAAGGAGAACCAAUGAAAUGUGUUUUUCACAGUGUAUAAAUUUACAAGUGUAUUGUACUGUAAAUCUGUUUCCUUAAUGCUAAUAAUCAGGCCUGGGUCAGAAGAAGGUUCAAUCACAUAUCACAAUUCGGGUUAACUGAAGUGAUACAGAAAAUGGAACAACCCAAACCUUUGGUAUAUUCAGGUAUGGAAGACGUAGAUCAUGACUCCUGACCUGUAUUUUGUUUCUUAGACUUGAAAAUGAAAUCGAUUUCAUCAUUUAUAACUUGGACUAUACGGUGGUGAGCCCUGUGAUGACCCAGGUGUGAUGCUCAUUGGUAUACUGUAUAUUGCGAUGAAUCUUUUACUUACGAUUCUGCACUGCCAAACACCUUCUCUGUGUCUGUCUCUCGUGCUCUUGUGGUAGUAGCACACUAUCUCUGGGUGUCUCUCUCUCUCCCUCUCUCAGUGCGGAGGUCAGUUUGCUCUCAGCUCCAUCUGCACGGGGAGAAGAAAAAUUACUACCAAACAUAAACCAGAAGAGGUCUGACAACACCCACGGCCAGUCGGAAAUAAAAAAAAAUACAGCUUGUACGUGCACAGUAGAGAGGCAGUGUGGAUGGAGAAUCUUUUUUUAGCUCGAAGCAGCAGCCAUCUCUAAUGAACUCUUGUUUAUGAGCUCCAGGAGAUCCAGGUGGAUGUGGCCUCAUGUUGGCGCCGCCUGCAGCUCCUCACAUAAAUAAAGAAAAUGGCCGAGAACACAGCGGCUCUGCAUCACCGUGCCCUGCAGCCUGUUUGACAGCUCCUUUUAUUACCUAUCACUAGCAGGCUAUUGCGGGCCGGUGUGUUAACCAGUCCAGGGAAAUUACACAGUACGCCCUUGCACAAAAAAAUAUAUUUUCCCCAUUUAUUACAUCAGCUCAUAGUGCUGAAGUCUGGACUUGUGCUUUAGUUCGUGAUGGGACUCGUGAGUAAACUGACCUCCUGAACCUAAUUCUCUUUUUCUGCGUAUUUCUGGGAGUGUAGCUCAUUCUAAAUGGCUCAGUGUGUAGUAACGUGGUUCAAACUAUUGAUGGAGUGAUUCUUGUGAAAACCAGUCAGUGAGACGUUUAUUCUGAACUUUGUGAGCAUCCUCUUCACUCCGAGCAAAACGUGUCCCUAUUGGAUACCGGAAAAUGUAAGCACACGGCCACUACUGUCUCUAAAGUCUAGUCACUGGUUUCUAAAUAGCUUUUUAUAUAGCCAAAAAAACUGUCCCUUUGUUUAUCAAAGAACUUUAUCUUGAAGACUGUAUAUUAAAAUCCUAAAUGUUCUAUUACUGCUGAUUUA